UGAUGACCCGGUGCCGCAAUCUAGCCAAUCAAAUCGCUGCAGGUGCACAACUCGGAAUGAACGAUCCAUCGCGUUCCGAACCUCAGAAGUGUAGCUUUGUCGUGAAGAAAUUGCAACAUCAAUUGACUCUCCUACGCUUACUCUCAAGAUUAUACGUCCCUAGAAUCGCCGUUCCGCCGUGUGCCGCGAUCCUUGCCAGCGUCAAAGUAACGACGUUCGUACGUCAUGGCACCUGCGGUUCCGCCGAAAAAGCACCACGCUCGCGUUCAACUCUACAUACAUCUUCUCUCCUCUCCUCUGAUCCGAGCACCUGCACACCGACAUGUGUAGCCCCAAAGUCUAAACACGCACAGCAAUGCAGCCAACUGCACGCCUCACUCAGUUACACCAAUUGCCUUCGGGAGUCCGAGAAUUACUCUCUCGGGACACGAUUCGGGCCUGCGCCAGGUCCUCGCCCUCGCUGAUCUCACAUGCGGCCGCUGGUCCGUGUUAUCGACAGCAUGUGGGAGCUUCUUCUCAGCAGAAGAGGCUCCUCACUAUAAGUCAAUUGGAUUCCGGCAGAGACAACCGGGAACGAGUUCUUAUUCUAGGAAGCGGAUGGGCUGGGUAUACGGUCGCACGGGAGCUGGACUCGAAGAAGUACCAGGCCGUUGUGGUCUCGCCUAGGUCGUACUUUGCUUUUACGCCUCUCCUUGCUUCUACGUCGGUCGGCACCCUCGAGUUUCGAACCGCGCUUGAGCCUGUGCGGACGAGGCGGACGAAUGUGAGCUUCUUUCAAGGGUGGGCGGACGGGGUGGAUUUCAAGAACAAGGUUGUUACGAUUGAGGAGGCGGUGGAUGAUCCGACGGCUACGCAUGCAUUGACGGAUGACCGACAUGCAGGAGAGACGAAGGAAGAAAGGAAAGAAGAGAAGAAGGUGGAAGCUAAGAAGGGCAAGCUGUUCGACUUGACCUAUGAUAAGCUAAUUAUUACCGUCGGCUGCUACAGUCAGACCUUCGGGACUCCUGGGGUUAAAGAACAUUCCCUCUUCCUCAAAGACGUCGGCGAUGCUCGCAAAAUCAGAUCCCGCCUCCUGGCAUGCUUCGAGGCGGCCGCCCUCCCCACAACCCCCGAAGAGCGUCGUCGCCAACUUCUCAACUUCGCUGUCGUCGGCGGAGGUCCCACAGGUAUCGAGUUCUCCGCCGAGCUUCACGACCUCAUCCACGAAGACCUUGCGCGCCUAUACCCCGAACUCAUUCCGUACCACAAGAUUACCGUAUACGACGUCGCAGCAAAGGUGCUGCCAAUGUUCGAUGAGAAGUUGGCGAAGUAUGCUAUGGACACAUUUAAACGAGAGGGCAUAUCGAUCAAGACUCAGCACCACGUUCAGGAGCUUAGGCCCGGAGCGCCGGGAGAAAAGGGAGAUGAGGGGGGAGCGAGGCGGGACCAUAUGGUCUAUACACUCAAGGUGAAAGAGGAGGGUGAGAUGGGUGUUGGGAUGGUAGUGUGGAGCACUGGCCUCAUGCAGAAUCCUUUCGUGGCAAAAGCCCUCGGCUCUGUGUACGAGCUACCCAGCAGCUUCAAGCGGCUCGAAGCCGGCGAAGGAAAAGGCAACCCCGACAACCUCCUCUGGAAAAUCAAGAAAGACCAAAAGACAGGCUCCGUCAUAACCGAUUCUCGCCUGCGGGUCAAGUUGGUAGGCGAGAAAGACGGCGACCAGAAGCCAGAAGCCAUCCUCAAAGACGUCUUCGCCUUGGGUGAUUGCGCGAUCGUGGAGGGCACAUCCUAUCCCGCUACGGCCCAAGUAGCGUCGCAGAAGGCGUACUGGCUGUCGAAGCGCCUCAACAAGGGCGACAUCGAAAAGGCGGGUUUCACAUGGAAGAAUAUGGGCGUCAUGGCGUACAUUGGUAACUGGAAAGCGCUGUUCCAGGGCGGUGAAGGAGGCAAUAUCUCCGGCAGAUUAGCGUGGUUGAUCUGGCGCGGCGCGUAUCUGACGAAGAGUGUCAGUUGGCGGAACAAGAUCUUGAUACCAACGUACUGGCUUAUCAAUUGGCUGUUUGGGCGCGACACCAGCCGGUUUUAGAGAGUGGAGAGUGUCAUGAGAACUUACUAGACAGCUAGACCUCAACGUAAAAGAAAAUGAUAAUGUUUUGCCAUCAGUUUU